AUCGAAAAACGCAGUUUUGAAGAAAAAACGUCAGAAAUCGCAAAUCAGGGGCGCAGCCAUUUUGAACAAAGUCUGGUCACAUGACAAGAAUGACAGGCAUACAAAAACCAAGAUGGCGACGACCACGUUCGUGAAUUUCGUCUGCAUUUAUUUUGCAACAAUCUUGCUAAUUCUGCCUGUAAUCGGUCCGGUACUGGCGGGGGAUGGAGAAGCUCAUCCCGCUCAUGAGGCCCUAGCACCGAUUCAGCACAUUACCGGUCAGGAUCUUACUUCACGGCUUCUAAAAGAGCACAAACACAUAUUGCUCUAUGUGUAUGAGACAGCUUGCUCGGAAUGCCUGCACGAUCUGUUGACUGUUCAGGCCAUCCAAGACGAGGCGGCUGAAACUAUUCCAGAACUUGCCGGGCUAAAGGCGUUCGCCUCUUUCCUACCUGAACAGAUGAUGCAGUUUGGCAUCAGUGGCCACCCAGUCCUGAUCUUCUUCCGCGAAGGAGUCCCAGUGCCAUAUGAAGGUGUGAGCCAGUCUAAACGUUUACAAGCUCAGGAUGUGAUCCUGUGGCUCCUGACGGCCAAGUCAACAACAACCAUUUUACUCAACGAUGAUAACUUUGAACACGACACACAGGCAUCGACAGGUGCAACCACCGGAGACUGGUUUGUCAUGUUCUAUGACAGCAGCUGUGAUAAACUUCUACCAAGAUGGGAGACACUCGCUGUAAGCUUAAAGGGUAAAAAGCCAGUAGGUAGAGUAGACAAGGCAUCGAGUCCCAACCUCGUUCAACGUUUGAAUAUCCAGAAGUGUCCAGAGCUGAUCCUGUUUCGACAAGGAAAGAUGCAUUAUUAUGAGCUUCCAAAAGAUGACACGAAAACUUUAGAAAGCUUUGCUCUAUCUGUCUAUCAGAAUGCUAAAUCAGGACCAGUUCCGAAAGUGCCAUCACCAUUUGACAAAGUUGUGGAGGCAGCAGCCGGCUUCCUAAAGAAAUAUCCGGUCUUGUUUGGUUUGACUUCAGGAGCCCUGCUGCUGACUUUGUUGGUGAUAUUGGUGGUAACUUCGCGGCCAGGACCUCAUGUUCACGAGGAUUAGAAGCAAUUGUUAGAGAUGGAUAUCAUUGUUCACAAAAUGACAUCCAAAAUUUGUUCGCCGCCCCCACUUGAGACCUACACCACUCGACUGAGGGUGACGUGACACAACAAUUUUAGUGUUGUGCAAUCAGUGCUAGUUUUACUUGGAUACGGAGAGUUUUUCUCAUCUAUCUAAUGACUUGUGGCUUUUUUUUAUAAAACCCAAAUACGAUUUUGAUUCAAAGGCAACUUUACAUUAUGUUAUCAAGGAAAAUAUCAAUAGGAUACUGCAUUGUUGCAGCUUUUCUAAAAAAAACAUUUUGAAGAGCAUCUGGGGUGUGUACGCAACACAACUGCAAUUGUUUGUGACAUCAUUAGAUAUCCAUCGACAUUGAUAAUGCAUUUAUACUGGAGGCAGAAUCAAGAUUGGAAAUCCUAGGCAUUUUAUAGGCCUACACCGCUCGAUUUGAAAAUUUCUGAUUGCGUAAAUUUGCUCUCAUUCAUAUCAGUACUAAUUUACGCAAAUGGAAAUUUUCAAGUCGAGCAGUGUAGGCCUAUAAAAUAAGUCUGACUUUGACAUGCUGAUUUCUCGAAGUUUCUUCUCUACUUUUAUCGUUCUCAAUAUCAUUGGCCAUAUUACCUUCAAAUAUUAUGCUAAAAUCUCUAUGUCAUGUGUCCAUAUGUGACCCGUUCCAGCAAAACCAGUCGCAUGUCGCUCGGAGCUUGGCAGGUUGAGACGGACCGUUUGUUCAUUUCACUAUUGUCUGCCUUUUGUGAAGUCUGACGACAUCAAUUUCUUCUAUUAUCUCCUGGUGUCACCUGGGCUCAUCUUAUGUGUGACAUGCUACUGGUUUUGCUAGAACGGGUCACAUAUAUGGUCAAUUGGGAAAGGGAUGUGUUGUUAAUGUUUUAUGCAUAGGCCUAGUCUACUUGUCCAUAUAUUUCAAUGUCAUUCCGGUGAGCACAAUGGCCUGGAUGGUUCAUUUUCUCACAUCAUCAUCUCGAUGACACUUUAAGUAUGUGUUCAACAACCUGAUAAUCUUGUUUGAUAAUGCACCCACUCAAUGAAGUGAGGGGGGGGGGGGCUUGUGUUCUUGGCUGGUUUCUGUAUUGUCUGCUGCAUCUACAUGUUUGCUCUAACUGGAGAAAUUUUGGAGUUAUCACAAUGAAAUUUAUGAUCCGGGUCACUGCUAUGCUGAUUACUCAUAGAAACCAUAACUGGUUCUGGUUUAGGUCUUCAAUGAUUCCCAGUGCUUGCUGUAGGUCCUUGUAUUACUUCCAGUUCAUGGUGUCGGGCCUUUUAUUUGUUUUGUUCCAGGAAUGCAUGGAGUUCUGUCUCUUUUGUUGUGCAGGCCAUGUACUGUAAUCAUAUGAACUUUUUUUUUCUACAUAACAAUCACUGUGUAACAUGGCGUCUAGACAGAGUCGUCUGUCAGGUAAAUUACUAGAAACAUUCUAUCUUUUGAAUCACAACCUGGAUGGUGGAUUAUCACAUUUUCUAGUAGGCAUUAUUAUGUACUGUUCAAGACCAGCUCUGACUGACUGAAUUUGUCAGCUAAAACCCAAUUGGAUAUGGGCAAGAUAUUAUUUCAGAUGAGGAAGCUGGUUGGUGGUGGUACAUUAUCAGAAUUCAAGGUUAUAAACUUCUGUUCUUUCCAAGGCUAUCAUUGCUUGUUAGUAACUCGUUUUGUGCUGCAGUGCUUUGACAGGCACAAUGGUUUAGAAUAAAUAUGUUACCAUUAUUUA